AUGGCGACCCCCCUCCCGCCUGCGGUGCAGCUCCAUUCGCAGGAUUUUGACUGGAACGACCUGGCCAAACGAUGCCAGAUGCAAGAGAGCGGAGAUCUCGACGUGACAACUGACGAGGAGCGAGAGCGCGUUGACGCGCAGCAGCAGCUUGCGGGAGAAGCCAGAGACAAGUGGGAAACGUUCCACCAGCGACACAAUGGCAAAGUCUACAAGCCCCGCAACUACCUCGUCAGCGAGUUCCCCGAGCUUUGUGCACCAGAACGAAACGUGGUGGAAGUUCUGGAGCUCGGAUGUGGCUACGGCAGUGCGAUUUUCCCCAUUCUCGCCGAGUGCCCCAACGUGCGCGCACAAGUGUGCGACUUCAGCUCCCACGCCAUCAACAUGCUCGAGCACCACCCAGAGUACGAUGCUACACGCUGCCGCGCCUUCGUGUGCGACAUAGCUCAGGAAGAGCUGGUAGACGUUGCGCCCACGUCCAUUGACAUUGUGCUCAUGGUCUUCGUGCUGUCAGCCUUACCACCGGAGUCGUUCGCCCGUACGCUGCAGAAAAUUUAUGCCGUGCUGCGGCCGGGCGGGAUCGUCUGCUUUCGCGACUAUGGACUCUACGAUCUCGCCAUGAGGCGCAAUGCUAAAAAGCUUGGACCGAAUCUGUACUAUCGCAGUGACGGGACCUUGGCCUUCUUCUUCUCGCGCGAGAUGCUGGUGCAGCUUUUCGAGCAAGCAGGAUUUCGCACGCUAGAGGCAACGUACUGCACCGUUCGAUUGCGCAAUCGAAAAAAAGGAGUGACGAUGGAUCGUGUGUGGCUGCAUGCAAAGCUCCAAAAACCCGGAGCAGAGGAAGCUCAUCAGAUGCUCAGCAGGUAG